AUGCAAAGUCCGGCACCCACCGGAGCAGCAGGUGCAGCGCCUGCGAUCGCUCUAUCUCCCGUAGAGAGAACGGCAUUUGCGCAUCUCUUCAACCUUGCCGACCCCGAGCGCACGGGAAUCGUAACCGGCGAUGCUGCCGUCUCAUUCUUUGCCAAGUCCAAGCUCCCACCGUCGGUUCUAGGCCAGAUCUGGGCCAUGGCUGACAGUGCCAACAACGGCUUUCUCACACCGCCUUCCUUCAGCAUUGCUUUGCGUCUCAUUGCACAUGCCCAACGAGGGGAGACCAUCACCGAAGCAUCCAUCAAACGACCCGGUCCGCCUCCUACCAUGGAAGGUGUCAACCUCCCCCUCACUGCGCAGCUCACUGGAUCGCAAUCUGGAACUCUAGUACCCACCAACAUGCCCGGUGUCAUCGAGAUCAAGCCUGAGGAUCGCGCGCGCUACACUCGCAUCUUUGCCAACUCCGGUCCCGUGGGCGGCCUUAUCGAUGGUGAUCGCGCCAAGGAAAUCUUUGUCAAGUCCAAGCUGCCCUUUGACAAGCUCGGUGCCAUCUGGAACCUGGCUGAUACCCAAGCUCGCGGAUCUCUCGAUCUCACCGAUUUUAUCAUCGCCAUGCACUUCAUCCAGAACACCAUGAACGGCACGCUCAACUCGAUUCCGGCUGCUCUUCCACCUGGUCUGUACGAGCAAGCAAAGGGGCCCGCAGGCGCCGGCUCGCGUUUCAUCCCCGGUUCCCCUCUUGCUGCUCAGAAUACAGGUGGCUCCACGUCUGGCUUUGGCUCGUCUGGCAUUCCUCGUCAAAUGACCGGAUCUUCUUUCCCCGCCCAGUCCGCAUUCCAGUCGCCGCGCCAUGCCGUCUCUGCUCCUGCUGCUGCGUGGGAUGUCACUCCGGAUGAGAAAGCUCGUGCAGACCAAUUCUUCGAUGGUCUCGAUGUUUCCAGACAAGGCAGGCUCGACGGCGCUGCAGUGGUUCCCUUUUUCAUGCAGAGCAAGCUCACCGAGUCGGUCCUUGCCCAUGUCUGGGAUCUGUCCGACGUCACCCAGAGCGGCACGCUCUCCAAGGAUGAAUUUGCGGUGGCCAUGCACCUCAUCAACAGCCAGCUGGCCGGAAAGCCACUACCGCAGCAGCUUCCCUCGAGCCUAGUGCCUCCUUCUAUGCGCAACAUGGAUCUUCCCACAGCCGUCAACCCUCAGCAGACCGACACCCAGAAGGACCUCUUCUCUCUCAUGGACGACGACCCGCCUGCACCCACCAUCUCUGCAUCCUCCGCUUUCAUCACCCCCUCUCCGGCGGCCCCGGUCGUCGCUACACAGCAAAGCACGCCUUUCGCAGCCAGCAGCACAGCUCCGACUGAGCGCUCUGCGCCCGGACCUUUUGACGAUGACUUCUUCGGCGGCGGCAAUUCUUCAGCUUCGCCUUUGGCCGCACAGCCCGCGCAAUCCGUUGCGACAGCUCUGUCGCCCGCUGCUACGGGCGGAAGCUUUGGCACCGCUACCGCAUUCAGGCCUCCUGGCUUCGCAUCUCCUGGUGGUCCUGCUUCGCCCUCGGCCUCCACAUCGCGACUCGGAAGUGCAUUCACGGUCGCUGCUCCAGCGACCUCGGCGGGCGCUGCUGUCGCUACUGCGUUCGGUAGUUCAGAUGGCACGGAUCAGAGCGUCGAAUUUGGAAACAAGUCCAACCAGCUUAGAAGCACUGAGAAAGCUGUCUUGGACCUUCAGUCCAAGCGCAGCACCCUCGAGUCUUCUAUUGCCAACGAUGCCUCCACCAUCGCUGACCUCGAGUCGCGCCUCGCCACGGUCCGAGCACAGCACGAGACAGAGACCAAGCUUGUUAAAGAUCUCGAAGAGCGACAGCAAAAGCAGAGCGUCGAGCUCAAGGAGCUGCGCGAGAAUGUCAUCCGCGACGAAAGCGAGCUCAGCGCUCUGAAAGCUGAGAAGGAUGAGCUGGAGCAGGCGCUCAUGCGUGACCGUGAAGAUGUCCGCGACAUGAAGAAGCGCAUGAACGAUGUACAGGCCGAGACCAAGUCGCUCAAGGAGCAGCUCGAGAAGCUACGCAAGGAUGCUAGGCAGCAAAAGGGUCUUGUUGCCAUCAGCAAGAAGCAGCUCGCCACGGCCGAAGCCGAACAGGACAAGGUGGCUGACGAGAUCGAAGCGGUGCAACGAGGCGACUUGGGCGCCGAAGAGGCUGAACACCACGACGUCACUUCUGCUGGUGCAGCUGGUGCAGAUGCUGCCACCCCUGCCACGCGCAGUGCGGCCGCCGAGCCAGUCACAAGUCCUGCUGCUAGUGUUCGGAGCUACAAUCCCUUCGACCGCUUUGGAGCUGGCGCUGGUGCUAGCUCGUCGCAGCCGGAAACCUCUUCGGUGAGCACUUCGCUCCUCGCCGGCGCUGGUGCGGGCGCUGCCCUUGGCGGCAUUGCUGCCGCCGCUGCUCACCACGAAGAUGACUCACACACGUCAAACCAAUCGACAGAAGCUCGAGGAGAUGCAUCUGCACAGCCGCUUUCUCUUGAAGCAGAUCCCUUUGGAGUCCAGCAGGCUGAGGUGCAGCCGCAUGUAGGCGGUUCGAGUCUUGGAUUCGAUGACGCUUUUGCUGUUCCAGGCGAGCCUAGUGGUGCCACCACCUCUGCUGCUCCAGAGCACGCCCAGGUCGAAUCGACCGGCUUUGAUGAUAAUUUUGGCAAUGACUUUGUUGCAAGCACCCCCGCUGUUCCUGGCUUCACUGCUAGUGAGUCGGCCACGGCUGCCACCGCAGCGGAUGUCGAAGCUACCACAGACAACCACCACGCUUCGGGACUGGCUGCAGCUGGUGGACUUGGUGCAGGAGCCAGCGUGCUUGGCGCGGCUGCCAUCCAUGCGGGUGAACCUCUGCACAAGUAUGAGGCCGCCCAGGAGCUCGAGUCUAUUUCGGACACCGCCGGUCCAUUUGCUGGAGACUUGGGUACAGCAGACAGGAACCAUCCUGAUCAGCCCGAUGCAGACGAGGACGAGGACAGUUCGGACGAUGACGAUGAAGGCCCGGAGGAGGUUGGCGGUUUUAAGGCAAGAGGCUACGACACCCCCGUCGAAGUCGCUGCUGAUCGAUUCCCUGAGGUGGACGCCUCGGGCGAAAGGCUCUCAUCAUCGACUGUUGCACCGCCUACAAGAGCGGAACACCAGCAUACUGUGCCUGGCGGUCUGGAAGACGUGACUACUGCCACCGUCUCUGCAGAAUCGGCUCCAGUCGACCCAACGUCGAUCGGAGACAUCGGAGGGCGCACUGCAUCAACGACAUCGAUUGCGCCUGUGAGCCGCCAAGGCACCAUCUCUGAUGACAUCAACGAGUCUUUGACGACGUCAGAGCUAACGCGAAGCAAGGAUGCCGAGAGCAGCCCCCAUGGUGCUGGAACUGCUGCAGCAGGUGCCAUCGGCAUUGCCGCUCUUGCUGCAGGAACGGGAGCUUUGACUCUCGGCGAACGGGGUCAGGGCGACACGACACCCAGUGCCACCACGCCUGCGGACGACAAUGUGCCCCUAAGCCAGCUAGUUGGCUUGCAUGGCGCAAAGUUGGCUCCUCCCACUGCGGCUGCUGAUUCAACUACUCCAGCUGAGCCUGCUGCAAGCCCUACUCUGUCGCCUAAGACUCGCCGUGCGCCUCCGCCCGCUCCUGUCCGUAGCGCUACGAAUCUUUCAACUUCUUCGGGUGCUCCAGCCGCGGCGGCGGCGACAGUGCUUGCUGAUGAGCCAACGCCCAUUGCUGGGAGUGCUGCCCCUGUCACAGUCGGGGGAGAUUCAAGCAAGUCCACCAACCCAUUUGGCAUGGAUGAAUUCAGCGCAGCACCCAGCCUGCCCGACGCUGGACAGCACAAGAACGACAAUGGAAGCGGCAGCAACUUUGACGACUUUGAUUCGGCGUUUGAGGAUCUCGGACCAUCAGAAGCCGUACCUUCAUCCUCGGCAGCUGGUCCGGUUGGCAUGACUGCAGCAAGCGAUCCAGCUGGGUUCGACGAUGCCUUUGACAACGAUUUUGACUUUGUGCCGUCCUUCAGUGCUGUAGGUGCUAGUGCAAUUCCUAGCGGCGACACUGCGAGUCGUGAGGUGCCUUCAUCGGGCGGCGCGGGAGCUGGUAGCAACAAUACCUUUGACGAUUUUGAUGCCGCUUUUGACAGCACGCCUGCGGUUACUCGUGACUCAUCAGCCAACAACACUUCGACGACGGCUGACGCUAGCGUCAUCCCGGCUGUUAGUGUAGGAGGCGGUCUUGGUGCGGUUGCUGGUUCUGGAAGUCACGCUGAUCGCGGCAUUGCAUCCAACGCCACUUCCGGUUUCAGCUUUGAAGAUACCUUUGACCCCGCUGGUGGCUCUUCGACUACCUCAGCUGGCGCGGCACCUUCGACGCUCAACGCUCCCAUCGCUGCAUCGACAUCGACCGCUGCAGCUAGUACCACUUUGCCAUCCUCGGUCUCGUCACCCAUUGCACCGCCUGGCACCUACGCACCUCCACCAGGACCGCCUCCCGGCUUCAAUGCGCCACCUGCUCUUCCGUCGCGCUCAAGCACGCGCCACACCACAGGCGGCGGGGGAGGCGCAAUUGCGGAAGCAGAAGACUACACCGGAGCUCUUCCAGACGAUGCAGCUCAAGUCAAGCAACUGUGCGGUAUGGGUUUCACCAGAGAAAAGGUGAUUCAGGCUUUGGAAAAGUCAAACUACCGAACCGAGAAGGCGCUCGAACGUCUACUUGCUUCGGCUUAG